AUGCAGGAGGCGGCACAGCGCAUCAAGAAGGUAGCCACCGCUUCUGGUGAUGCGCUGAAGGCGGCCGGCGGCGUGGUAUCGCGGGCCCCCGGUGCCCUGUACCAAGUGUUGCCCACCUCCGCCAAGCAGCUGGUGAAUGCGGCGCAGACCCCAGGCGCAGUGAACCGCGUGAUCAGCCUGCAGCUCACCGCCUUCUGGCAGAACCACAGCAAGGCUAUCGUCGGCCUGGGGGCGGCCACGCUGUGCUACGCCCUGUGGCGCACGCUGUACCGCACCAGCCAGCUGUUUGUGGACCUGAGCGAGACCAUGGCCACCAUGGGCCUGUUCUCGCUGGCCGCCUCCGCCGUCGCCUUUGGCUACCUGUACCUGCGUCGGCGGUACACCAUCGACCCGCAGGCAGCGUACCGCCUGGCCAUGUACCGCCUCAACACCCACCCGGGCCUGCUGGAGGUGAUGGGCGCCCCGCUGGUGGGCAGCCCUGUGCAGGCCAGCGUGCUCACCGGCGGCGGCAUCAAAUUCAAGGGGCUGCGCCCGCGGCUGCGCAGCAAGCGCAUCCAGAUGAUCUUCCCGCUCAAGGGCUCCGAGCGCCGCGGUCUGGCGUCCCUCGAGGCCAAGAAGCGGCACGGCCAGCUGCGCUUUGUGCUGCUGGCUGUGGACGUGCCCAGCGUGGCGGGCGGCGAGCAGCGCAUCUUCCUGCAGGGAGGGCCCGCGCUGUACGACCGCGGCGGUGUGCUGGACGUGCUGCGCGACCCCUUCAUCAGGGCGCUGUCCAUGGAGGAUGUGUUCAUGGCUGAGGACGAGGCGGAGGACACGCAGGAGGAGCGGGAGCGGGAGGCGGCGGCGGCGUCUCGCCACGCGGCGGCCGCCGCCAAGCAGCCCAAGCCUCUGGACCAGGGCGGCGGCCUGUACUUUUAUGAGGCGGCGAUGAUCCGGGCCAAGCAGGCCUGGUCCAAGCUCGCUGGCAGGCAGCAGCAGGCACCAGCGACAGCAGCGGGGGACAAGGCAGUGAAGGUAGAACCCACGCCCGCGGCACGCGCAGCUUGA